CGCAACCCAGUCGCGCUUCUGCGCAGUCGGUGUUAUUGUGACUGCCGGGCCGUGGCCCCGGAUGUUGUGGCUGCUGGAGGGGACAUGGAGGAGGCCGAAGGGGUGGCUGCGGCCCCCAGCCCAGCUUCGGGGUUGUCUUUCAGGGGCCGCCGAUCUAUGUCGGGCUCCUGGGAGCGCGACCAGCAGGUUGAGGCGGCGCAGCGGGCCCUGGUGGAGGUGCUGGGGCCCUACGAGCCUCUGCUGAGCCGGGUGCAGGCAGCCCUGGUGUGGGAGCGGCCCGCCCGGAGCGCCCUGUGGUGCCUGGGGCUGAACGCGGCGUUCUGGUUUUUUGCACUGACAUCCCUUCGUUUUGUAUUUUUACUUGCAUUCAGCUUGAUGAUCAUUGUCUGUAUUGAUCAAUGGAAGAACAAAAUUUGGCCUGAGAUAAGAGUGCCAAGACCUGACGCAUUAGACAAUGAGAGUUGGGGUUUUGUGCACCCUCGGUUGCUCAGCGUGCCCGAGCUCUGCCACCAUGUAGCUGAAGUCUGGGUUAGUGGGACCAUUUUCAUAAGGAAUCUUUUGCUUUUCAAAAAGCAAAACCCAGGCAAGUUCUGCUUGCUGAGCUGUGGGGUACUGACCUUUUUGGCCAUGUUGGGCCGCUACAUCCCUGGGCUCCUGCUGUCCUACUUGAUGCUUGUCACUGUUAUGAUGUGGCCUCUGGCUGUAUAUCACCGGCUGUGGGAUCGAGCCUAUGUGCGACUGAAGCCAGCUCUGCAGCGGCUGGACUUCAGUGUCCGUGGCUACAUGAUGUCCAAGCAGAGAGAAAGACAAUUGCGCCGGAGAGCUCUACACCCAGAACGUGCCCUGGACAACCAUAGUGACAGUGAAGAGGAGCUUGCCGCCUUCUGUCCUCAGCUGGAUGAUUCUACCGUUGCCAGGGAAUUGGCUAUCACAGAUUCGGAGCACUCUGAUGCUGAAGUCUCCUGUACAGACAAUGGCACAUUUAACCUGUCAAGGGGCCAAACACCUCUAACAGAAGGCUCUGAAGACCUAGAUGGUCACAGUGAUCCUGAGGAAUCAUUUGCCAGAGACCUUCCAGACUUCCCUUCCAUUAAUGUGGAUCCUGCUGGCCUGGAUGAUGAGGACGACACCAGCAUUGGGAUGCCCAGCGUGAUGUACCGCCCUCCACCAGGGCCUGGGAAUUCCCAGGUCCUGCCUGCUGGUCGGGAUGAGGCUGCACUGCCAGAGCUCCUGCUUGGUUCUCUUCCUGGAGGAUCUAACCUCACCAGCAACCUCGCCAGCCUGGUCUCCCAGGGCAUGAUCCAGCUGGCCUUGUCAGGGGCCUCCCAGACAGACCCUUCUGGCCCACCUCCCCGAAGAGCAACAAGAGGGUUCCUUCGGGCCCCUAGUUCAGACCUGGACACUGAUGCUGAGGGAGAUGAUUUUGAACUUUUGGACCAAUCAGAGCUGAAUCAGCUAGACCCUGCCAGUUCCAGGAGCCACUGAGGAGAGACUCCUUUGAGGGGGCCACUGUGACGUAGGGUUUUUCUCCCCUCUCCACUUACUGUGACGAGGUUAGGGAAGAACCCUGUCUUGUCCCCUGAA